AUGUUACCAGAUCAUCAGUUAAGUUAUGCUGCUAGAGAGAUGGCGUGUCAUUUCAUUGAUGUAUAUAAAGACAGGUUACAAGAUGACAGUGACCAUUUAAAAGUCCAUUGUUAUAGAGCUGCAUUUCAACAUAUUGUAAUAAAACUACAUCCCGAGUUUGAUAGAGGGAAGAUUAAAUUAACAGUAAAACAUGCUACAGAUCUACCAUUUGAAAAAUAUUGUAAGAUUAAUCUGAAGAAACUGGGAUAUAAUGAAGUUAUACCACAAGACUUGAUGUUAGAGGCUAAAGUGUAUUUAAAACAAUGGAAGAACGUCAUGUCUUUUUAUACCAUCAGACUAGCUUUAUCUCCUGUUUUAGAGACUAUUAUUUUGUUAGAUAGGAUGCUCUAUCUUUAUCAACAUGGUAUUACAAGUAUUUUAGUUCCUAUAUUUGACCCUAAAAUAUCACCUAGAAAUUUUUUACUGUUAUCACAUAAAACAUAA